AUGAAGACCCCUGUCACUACCCAUGACCCUUCCCUCACAUCCUGGCUCCACAUCUCUUCCCCCAUCAACCCUCUCUGUUCCCCAUGUCUACCUGCCCUGCCCUUCAGUCUCAUGCAGCUGCCGUCCCAGCAUCCAGUCCAUUUCCCCCUCCUCUUGCUCCUGCUGCGGUUCAAGCUCCUGGCCUCAACUCUAGACCUAGCCCCCGGCCUCAUCCCCCUUGGCCACUGUGCCUCUGUUGCCCCCAGCAUGGAUGGACCUAUCCUCGGGCAAGGUGUGGCCCCAUGUGGCACGCCUGUCCGGAGUACAGGUUAUCAGCUCUGAUCGCUGCAAUAGACUUCUAGCUGAAUCUGCUGCCCUGAGGGGACAGAGAGAUGGAGGAACAGAGAGAAGAAGAGAGACAGAGAGAGCAGUCGGAGCAAAAGAGGGAGUUGAUGAGUGCAGGUAGGAUGAGGAGAAUAGAAAAGGGGGAGGUGGGGGAGUAUGGAUAG